UUACAUGUUUCAAAGUUCUGUUCUUUUUUAUAUUUUGUCUGCUUCAAGCAAGCAAAUAGAUAAAUGAAAUGAAUAAACCAAUAUGUUGUUGCUUGGCAGUUUCACUUGUAAUUCUUAUUCUAUAUUCUACAUUUAAAAAUCCUUUCUUCUUAAUGGUGUAUAGGAGCUUGCUGAUGACCUGUUUGAUGUUUUGCACAGAGAGAGAGAGAGAGAAAGGCCUUGAACAACUAAUAUGAUGGCUUCCACACUGUUUAGAACUAUUCAAAUCCACCCGUUUUUGCUCUACCCAACUACAUUAUUUAGGAGAAGGAAUGGUGCUCUUUACUGCACAAUGAAAAGUACUCAAACUCAAACAGCAACACAAGAAAAGCAGCAGCCCUCAAAAGUCAAAGUUUCACAACAUACUCAGAGCAAAACACUUGAUAAGAUCAAAAGAGACUACGAGGCAGUCAUUGGAAUAGAGACACAUGUCCAGCUUUCAACCCUCACGAAGGCUUUUUGUAGCUGUCCUUACAAUUAUGGAUCCCAACCAAAUACCAGUAUCUGCCCUAUUUGCAUGGGAUUGCCUGGUGCCUUACCAGUUUUAAACUCAAAAGUGAUUGAAUUUGCGGUGAAAUUGGGUCUUGCACUUAAUUGCAAGCUAUCCCUAAACUCAAAGUUUGAUAGAAAGCAGUACUUCUAUCCAGACCUUCCAAAGGGUUACCAAAUAUCUCAGUUUGAUAUCCCUAUUGCAACUGGUGGUUACAUUGAUUUGGAUCUUCCUCUUGAGUUUGGUGGUGGUCAUAGGAAGUUUGGUAUUACCAGGGUUCACAUGGAGGAGGAUGCAGGGAAGCUGCUUCAUUCUGGAAAUGAGGAUUAUUCACAGGUUGAUCUAAAUAGAGCAGGAGUGCCUUUGCUUGAGAUUGUUUCUGAACCUGAUAUGCGAACUGGGAUUGAAGCUGCUGAAUAUGCAGCAGAGUUACAGAGGGUGGUUCGAUACUUGGGAAUUAGUAAUGGAAAUAUGCAAGAAGGUUCACUUCGCUGUGAUGUAAAUGUAUCAAUUCGACCAGUUGGGCAAUUAGAGUUUGGAACAAAGGUUGAAAUAAAAAACUUGAACUCAUUUUCAUCAAUUAACAGGGCCAUUGAUUUUGAGAUAUCAAGGCAGGUGCUUUUCCAUAGUCAAGGACAAAGUGAUCAAAUUGUACAGGAAACACGUCUAUGGGAAGAAGGUGCUCAGAAAACAGUUACGAUGAGGAAAAAGGAAGGACUUUCUGAUUAUCGAUAUUUCCCUGAACCAGACCUCCCUGAAGUUAUUCUCUCUCAGGUAUUUGUUGAUAGCAUUCACAAUUCUUUGCCAGAACUUCCAGAAAUGAAGCGUCGUAGGUAUGAGAAGAUGGGCCUGAGUAUGCAAGAUGUUCUUUUUCUGGCAAAUGACAUGAAUGUUGCAGAAUAUUUUGAUGCAACUAUUUCAAGCGGUGCUGACAUAAAGCUGGCUGCCAAUUGGAUCAUGGGUGAUAUUGCUGCCUAUAUGAAAAAUGAAAAGCUGUCCAUUAAUGAGAUCAAACUAACACCACAAGAGCUAGUAGAGCUGAUAGCUUCCAUUAAAGGUGGGACUAUCAGUGGAAAGAUUGGGAAAGAGAUACUUUUUGAGCUGCUGGCCAAAGGUGGAACUGUCAAGGGACUCAUAGAAGAGAAGGAUCUUGUUCAGAUAGCAGAUCCUAUUGAGAUUGGGAAAAUGGUAGAUAAAGUGCUUUCAGAGAAUCCAAAGCAGCUAGGACAAUAUCGUGGUGGGAAAACUAAGCUACAAGGCUUUUUUGCUGGCCAGGUAAUGAAACUAUCAAAGGGCAAAGCAAACCCUGGCCUAUUGAACAAAAUCCUUUUGGAGAAAUUAAAUGCUGAAAGCUGAAUGUUUUGUAGCCAAAUAGCUACUGCUUGUGAAUACAGCAAACUGCAAUGUGGAGGAGGAUUGAAGUCUUGAGUCAUUUGCCGGGUUUUCAAUUCUGUGCUCAUGAUAAUUGGCACCAUUUUGUAUGUUAAAUGAAAUUACCUUUUAUCUUUUUAUAAUCUUUUUUUUUUUUGGUGUUUAAGGAUUAUAUGUAUCAAUUCAAAGGAAAAAAUAGUAUACCGAGGCUGAUAGGUGCCCUUUUGUAUUUUAUUUUUUACUGAUUUAUCUUAGCAUAUUUUCUCGAGUUUUUUUUAUCAAACCAUACUAACAUAAAUACUUGUUUCUCAAAGUAAUGCCAUCUCUUGUGAGUAAUUACAUAAAUUAAUUAAGCUUCGGUUCUUCAUCUUC